AUGAGCAAUCCUACAAAAGCCGCGUCUUAUGUUCAGUACCCGCUUGACGCCAAGUGCUACGUGCCCCCGGGACAAGACCCGGCCUUGUGUCACGAAAUGCUCAUACAAAACUCACCAGAUUUAUUCCAAGUAGCCGGUGGGGGAAUGAAUAUGUAUCUUGGUGGUCGUGGCGAUAGUGUACAGUGCCAGUUCAUUUCCAGCGAGGAAUUAGAAAACACAUUUUGGGGCGGAUGGUCAGAAGUUGCGUCUGAAGGGCAGGGCAAGGUAUUCUGGGUACAACCUGCAUUCUCUUGGGGACAACUUGAGAUUACUGAGACUGCGUUUCGAAGGCUUCUGGCCGAGCACCGUGUGUUUACGCCAUUCUUGGACAUUGUCCACGGAUUUGGAGCAAAGAUCAGUGACUACCAGCGAGCCCAAGAUUUUGUACAUUUGCAGCUUCACUCCAUGGAGGACUUUGAAAUCGCCUAUAACAUCCGCUACUAUGAGCUAAACGGGCGAGGAAGAGGCAAUCCAUGGUCACUUCGUCAAGCAGGGGUUUACCAGCAGAUGCUAACCACUCAAUGCGUGUGGAUUGUUAUAAGCGUCUCCAAAUAUCUUCAACCACGGUUUGGGCAGUUUUGGGAUACUGGUAGUAGCACAGAAGGAGGAUGCUGCACGACAUUCGUUCUCCUUGGCCACCUCGUCAUACUGUCCAUGGCUACGAGAAAUUGGGGCGCCUACAUUGAGUUCAUGCGACAUAAGUUAAUAUUUCUGGAACAAAAGAUGGCUUCCUCAUUUGUAGAUGGAAAGUCUUCUAAUACUUCGAGUCUCUUGCUCUCAGAUGUAGCAAAGGCCAGUGACUUAUGGAUCAGCAACAAGACGAACUCCAGCAGCUGCGACGUCGCCAGUGCUUUUCAGCUCAAGCACAUGGAGAUAAGGAAUCAUUUGAAAGCUGUGAAAACCAUGCAAAAGAGUGCUGAGAGAAUUCCUCAGAUUAUGUCAACCAUUCUCUCCACUAGGGGGGAGGAAAGGCUUCACGCCACGUUAGCACAAAUCCAGACCGGAGUUCAUGGAACCCUUUCUACAUCCAUCCGAGCGCAUGAUGAUGUAAAGGCAUUGGUACAAGUCGCUACAAGCGGGCACCAGGAUUCGAAGACAAUCAAGUUAUUAGCUGAGAUUGCGACGGUCUUUCUUCCAUUGUCUUUUCUAGCAGCGAUAUUUGAUAGCGAGAUCCUGCAUUCUUCAUAUUUAGGAGGCCUUUACGCUGCUCUUUCAAUCCCGCUGGUUCUCGUUGCAGUUAUUGUGAUUCUACUUUUAGAGCGCAAGGCCACAGAGGUUUAG